AUGCCUACUGAGCUAAUAGCAGCAGCUCGAGGUCAUGAGGUGCAUGUGAUGCUUGAGGAUCACCAUAAUGAGCCCUUCCAAGCACCAUCUCAACCCAAGUUGAAGCCCUUUUCUGGUGUUGGUAGAAUGCUAGGCAAUCCGACACCUAAAGUUGUCACUAAUGCCCCACCUUCCGCCUCCUCGUCUGCAGCUCCACCACCGGCUCCCGAAGUGGAUGAGUCAAAACCCAUCACACAACUGCAGGUUCGCAUGCCUGAUAGCUCUAGGAUUGUUGUCAAAUUGAAUAAUCAUCACACUGUUCAGGAUCUUCGCGCCGCCAUCAUUCAUCAACGACCGGAGAUGGCUUUCGACGUGUUCAGCCUGAGCAUUCCAUUCCCACGUACAGAUAUAAAGGACGAUUCUGCAACUCUUGCGAGUGCUAACCUGCUCAAUGCUUCAAUCGUUGUUACGAAGCAGUAG